GUUUUCAAAACGAUUGUUUGCUCUCUGAAAUUUUUGUUUUGCAGUUUUACUUCAGAGUUCAUCCCGAAUAACCUCUCAGCUUGAAAUAGAUUCGUUAAGUUUGGGUCUAUGGACUGAAAUUGUGUACGGGGUAACCGGUGCUCCUGGCUUCUUCACAGUAACUGCAGGAAUGACAACGGUUGAAUCGCUGCUCUGCGAAGUUUCUCCACUUUUAGAAUCCUCUCUGCCUUUGAGGGUCGCAGAACACCUCUUCUUUGGUGAUCAAAUUGUUUACAGUGAUUGCUCAAACGUGGGCCCAUCGUCAAGCAAAGAUACGCAUGCUAAAGAUCAUGGCGCGAAAGAGCAGAAAAAAGGCAAAAAAGAAAAGGUCGGUAAAGAAUUUCAUAAAGGCCAACCGGAUGGUCUGGAAGCGGCUAUUUCAAAGGCUAAAAAAACAGUGCAGAAUGCUCUCCACGGUGAAUCAGUACCACUUAUUGUAGGUGACAAAAGUUCACUUGAGGCGGAAAUUAUUCAACUGAAAGAUGAGAUUGAAAAAGUGAAAAAAGAUAACCUUAGUUUGCGCAAAACUGUUGAUGGUUUAAAUGAAACAGUUCGUCAGAUUCUAGCUAAACUUAACGCAUCCUGUUCACAUCAAUCGUUGUUUUCUUGCGGACCAAAAAUACUUAUUCUCGGCGACGGGAACUUUUCAUUUUCAUUUGGGUUCUCUCAGAUUUUGAAGCAGAAAUAUAAGUUCGGUCUAGAAAUAGUGGCAACUGUCCCAGAAAAAGAGGGAAGUUUUUUGUUACGCUAUCCAUCGGGGAAUGGCUAUUUAUUUCGUUUGAGGUCUUCAGAAUUCUCUCCAUUUGUUAAAGUACUUUUUGGUGUUGACGCUUGUGCGUUGCCUUUAGAAUGGACUGGAGUCUUCGAUAGUAUCAUUUGGAAUUUUCCUCACCCAGGUGGUAAAACAAAUUUAAAAAAAAGCCGUGAUCUCCUGAGAAGAACAUUCCGCAGUGUUUCCAAGAUUUUGGAAGAUGGAAACUUUUAUGUCACGUUCGCCAAAGGACAGUCUGGUUUAUUUUACCCAGCCAUUGCGUUGCAGCAAUUUGUCAUUCAAAACAAAAUUCCUAGGCAUGAGAGAGAUAGCUGGCAGGUUGCUUACAUUGCUGCCGAAUAUGGUUUCUUAAUAAGCGAUGCAUUUCCAUUCUAUGUAGACGAAGUUCCAGAGUACUGUCCUCGAGGAUAUAAAAAUCGUGAUCAGGCAUUUUUUAAUGAUUGCGAAGCAGUAACAGUAAGGCUGAGAAAGUGCCGUUGUUUAAACGCACUUCAAGACUUCCGUAACAGUGAAAAGUGCUUUGCUUCAAGAACUUUAGGAUAUGUCCAUGAACUGAGGCCCUAUUAUUGUCAUGACGUCUCUAUUGUGUACAGAAUUCCGGAACAAAUUAUAUAUCAUGAAAAAUUAUUUAAAAAGAUCUUAUUUAGUCUGACUGGUUGCUUGUUGUCUGAUGUGUGGGAACUGAAGCAUAUGAGGAGUUUUGCUCCAGAUGGUUUCCCAAAUCGGAUUUACAGAAUCACAUGGCAGUGCUGGAGUAAACCUUUAACUGGAUCUGCACAGCCAGUGGAAAUACCAAGUACCGGAGAAAAAAAAGAAGGUGAGGACUUUGAUCUUUUUGGGUCUUCCGAUGAAGAGGAAGAUGAAGAGAAAAAGCGCAUUGUACAAGAUCGGUUGAAAGCAUAUGCUGAAAAGAAAGCUAAGAAACCUGCGUCAGUUGCCAAGUCUUCUGUGAUUCUCGAUGUUAAGCCAUGGAGUGAUGAAACGGACAUGAAAGAAAUGGAGACAAAAGUUAGGGAGAUCGAGCGGGAUGGCCUUGUAUGGGGAGGAAGUAAACUGAUCCCCUUAGCCUAUGGACUUAAAAAGUUGCAAAUCAUAUGCGUCAUAGAGGACGAAAAAGUCUCUGUCGAUGAUUUAAUUGACACUAUAGUCGACGACAUAUCUUCUCAUGUUCAAAGCGUUGACAUUGCAGCGUUUAACAAGAUUUGA